AUGGCGGCUGGAAGCCUCCAAAUUAUCACUUGGGGGCGGAAGUUUAUCACCCCAACUUUUGUGCCAAACAGCUCCGAGCAGGAGAAGGAGAAUGAAAGAGAAGAAGAAGGAGAUGUUCCUUCGAAGAAAGAAAAAGAGAAAGAUUUAGAAGAAGUGAGAUUUCAUUCUGGUGGCACGAUUGAGGAGAUUCAUGCUGAGGUAAUAGCAGAAAUCCCAGAAGCUGGAGUGGAAGUGGCUGCUGCUGUUCCUAAACUUGUGUUAGAAGUGCAAAGAACUGUUGGGGUUUUGCCAAUAAUGACCAGCCCUUUGAAGCCUCCAAUUGUUGCUUUCCAAAAUUUUGACACCAUGGGGGCGGCCGUUCUAGUUGACUCCGAAGAAUGUGAAAAGAUCAAGAUCAUCAUGAUAGUACCUGGCAUCAAAACACAUGGCGGAAGCUAG